UAGCGGAGUAUUGGGACAAGUCCGUCACAGUCUGCUGACAGAGCUCGUACCACGCUCGUCAAGAGGAAAAAUCAAAACAAUGAACAUGGCGGAGCCGAGCAACGAGGCUGCCUCCUCGAGCAGCGUUUCAGAGCAGGCCGCGUCGGUUGCACCGAUGCGAGACGAGCUUGAAAAGGUCGAGGAUUUCCUCGAGCCCGACAAGAAGCGUCGUAAGCAGGUGCGCGGCGAUGGGAAAACCGAGCAGAAGUUGGAGCACCGAUUGGGCGGCAUCCUCUGCUGCGCAGUUUGUCUUGAUCUGCCCAGGGCGGCCGUCUAUCAGGUUGUAAAACAUCAAAAUCAUGGUAAUAUACAUGACUGUAGUCUUAUUUUAUUUUGA